AUGGAUCAUAAGAAUAAAAGCACCUCCAAAGUGUUUGUCUUGCUUGGAUUUCCAACUUCCAUGGAACUUCAAGUGGUUCUCUUUGUUAUAUUCCUUGUAGCCUACAUUUUGACACUCCUAGAAAAUGUUAUUAUCAUUGCUGUGAUCAAAACCAACCCUUAUCUUAAUAAACCCAUGUAUUUCUUCCUCAGCAACCUCUCCUUCCUAGAGUCAUGGUACAUUUGUGUAAUUGUUCCAAAGUUAUUGGUCAACUUCCUAGUGAAAGAAAAUACUAUCUCCUUUGAAGGGUGCAUGACCCAGCUCUACUUUUUCAGUUCCCUCAUAUGUACAGAAUGUGUUCUUCUGGCAGUAAUGGCCUAUGAUCGAUAUGUGGCCAUCUGCAACCCAUUGCGCUAUUCAACCAUCAUGACCCAACAUUUCUGCAUGCAGUUAGCAGUGGGUUCAUGGCUAACUGGAUUUGUGGCUUCAAUGUUGAAGGUUGUCUUCAUAUCUCGACUACCCUUUUGUGGUCCUCACAUCAUCAACCACUUCUACUGUGACAUUUCACCCUUGUUACAUAUGGCAUGCGAAGAUAUGACAGUGGCUGAAAUAGUGGACUUUGUCUUGGCCUUAAUAAUUCUGUUAAUCCCAUUGUCAAUUACAAUCAUUUCGUACAUCUGCAUUAUCAGAACAAUUUUGGGUAUUCGUUCUGCCCAGGGCCAGAAGAAGGCUUUCUCCACAUGUGCUGCUCACCUCACUGUAGUCACAAUCUUCUUCUCAGCUACCCUCUUCAUGUAUGCAAGGCCAAAGAGAAUCCAUCCUUUCAAUCUUAACAAAUUGGUUUCUGUUGUAUAUACCAUUGUAACUCCAAUGUUGAAUCCUUUCAUUUACUGUUUGAGAAAUCAAGAGAUCAAGGGGGCUGUGAAGAAAGCUUUCCGUACCCCCCAAUCCCUGUCUCAAAACUUUGUGCCUAAGGUUGAAUGGAUCAGGUAG